AUGGCUAAAGAGUUACCCCACUCUUGUGGCACGGUUGAGCUUUUGGAAGCUUUGGGUAACAAUGGAAAGUCUACAAAUAUGGCUCAUGUAGCCCAUAUACUUGAAAGACUAAUGUUUCGUCUGCCACGUGUAGCCCUAGCAUCAACCACAAACUCUACAGUUACUCAGACUACAGUCCCAUCUUUACUUCCUCUUGGUAGAACUCAAGACUUUGAUAUGUCACAGCCUACGAAUAUUACUGAGCGCUCUAUUGAAGGUAGUCCCAUCAGGUUGGUCCCUAUGGCAAGUGUUGAUGUUUUAAGCGAUAUCACAAAUGUUUAUGUAUCACCAGUAACUACCCCCAUUAGAAGAGGUAGAGGUCGUCCCCCGAAAAGCACAAAACCUUUGCCUUCUGUUAAUACUUCACCAAAUCAAGCAAGACAACUUGGUGCAUUACAUAUUAGGGAAACAACAUUCCGCACUGGGGAAAUUAUUAAUGGUGAUUCCCGUCCUACAUUCCAAUCCUCACAUGCUCGGGGUAGACCUCAAGGGGGUGCUUCUGUUUCUCGGAUUGUUACACCUCGGUUUCAUGACUAUAGUCGGAUGGGUUUGAAUUCAACGGACACUCCUACGAUAACCUCACCUUUGCCCACAUCUACAUUCAUGAUAUCAUCAAGAACUGUCAUUGGCGUCGAUGGUAACCCUUCUGGCCCAGAAGUUAGUGUAGUACAAACUGGGGAAACAACACCGCCCUAUGAGAUUCAUCUUAAUGUGAAUUCCAGUCCUAUUGUCGCAUCUUCCCGUCCUCGGGGUAGACCUCGAUUGAGUGCUUCAGUUCCUCGAAAUGUUAGACCUCGCUUUCUUGAAAACAGUCAAGUCGGAAUGAAUUCUAUGGGAUCUACUAUUACUACACCACCUCUGGCCACACCUGCAGUCAUGAUAUCGUCAAGAACCGUCAUUGAUGUUAAUGGUAAUGCAAUUAAUCAUACCACAUCAUCUCACGCGGACACCCCUUCUGAAACAUCCGGCUAUGGUGUUAAUCAUGUGAAUGUGGCAAGUACUACUUCUACAAUACAGGCCAAUACUGUUCGUGAAAAUGUUGUACAAAACCCCGACCCUGAACAGACUGAUGUGUAUCACCUUGCACGUCAACAACGUAGGAUGACGGAAUAUUGGGAUUGUGGUGAUGCUACAUACACGUGUGUUUAUUGUGAAGAAAAGUUUUGGUAUGGUGAACGAACGGUUAGACGUUCUACCAGAUCUAAUCCAAAAUUCUCAACGUGUUUUCGUGAAGGAAAAGUUCAGUUACCAUUUUCACAGCAUCCCCCACAAUUAUUACAAGAAUUGAUGGAUUAUAAUGGUGGAGAACGGGGGAAAAUACUUAGAGAUCUUAAUGACGGAGGUGGGCCUUACACUUUCUGCCUAAACGGGCAUAACCAUCACCGUAUUGGUACAUUGUUGCUAAUGCACGAGGAUGGGCAUCCCAGAUUUGCACAACUGUAUAUUUUUGACACUGAAAAUGAAGUUGAAAAUCGUCUUUAUGCAUUGAACAGAGCAGGUUCUUCAAAUGGAGAUGACGCAAUUCUGCGGAUGUUACUUCAAGAACUGAUAACAAUGUUUGAUGCUGUUAACCCCCUGGUACAAUCAUUUAGCAUGGCAAAAGAUAGGUUUAGGGAUUCACCAAUGGAGCGUGUUACCCUUUGUCUCAUUGCUACCCGACAAAGAGAUGGAAGACAAUACAACCUACCAACUGCAUCCGAGGUCGCUGCACUUAUUCCGGGUGAUGGUAAUCCCACUGAUUAUCGAGAUGUAAUAGUUGAGGGAAGGGGUGGUGAGCCGGGUAGAUAUCCUAUUAAGAGGAUAACUGAGCUACACCCAAGUUUUAUGGCAUUGCAAUAUCCACUGCUUUUUCCUUAUGGAGAGGAUGGGUAUCGUUUGUACAACCCUUUAAAUUUUCCUGCCAACACGAAGCGAAAGUGCAUGAGCUUGAGGGAAUAUUAUUGCUUUCGUUUGCAAGAGAGAAUCCGUGAAGAGACGGAUUCUGAUGUUGUUGGAAGAAGAAUUAUCCUGCCAUCAUUGUUUAAUGGUGGGCCUAGACAUAUGAUCCAGCAAUAUCAGGAUGCUAUGGCCAUAUGCCGUUCAAUUGGUACUCCAGAUCUUUUUGUAACCAUGACCUGCAACCCAAGUUGGGUCGAGAUUUCCCGUCAUGUUGAAAAUAGCAUACCUGGUCAACCACCGGUUGAUAAACCAGAGAUCAUCACCCGCAUGUUUAAGAUUAAAUUGGAUGAGCUAAUGGAGGACAUAGCUAAAAACCAUCAUUUUGGACGUGUAGAAGCAAUUAUUUAUACCAUUGAGUUUCAAAAACGUGGAUUGCCUCGUUGCCAUGCCCUCAUAUUUUUACACAAACAUGAUAAGAUUUCACCUGAUGAUAUUGAUCAUGUCAUCUCUGCCGAGCUUCCUUCUGAACAAGAUGACCCGAUUGCAUUUGAAGUUGUUCGUACUCAUAUGAUGCAUGGACCCUGCGGAGAGCACAAUCGUAAAAGUCCAUGUAUUCAACCCAAUGGUACAUGUUCCAAAGGAUUCCCAAAAGACUAUUGCGAGGAAACAUUUGUUAAUCGUGAUGGUUGGCCCCGGUAUAAGAGGUCUAAUAAUGGAAGGCAAGCAAAAGUUGGUCGAAGGGAAAUUUUGCUAGACAAUCAAUUCGUUGUUCCCCAUAACAUUGACUUGGUUGUCAAAUAUGGUUGCCAUAUUAACGUUGAAUGGUGUAACCAGGGUUCUUUGGUUAAAUACCUUUUCAAUUAUUUUAAUAAAGGUCCAGAUCGUGCAACAGUAAGUGAAGGACAGAACAACAGAACAUCAUAUCAGACGGUUUUGCAACAAGAAAACGAAAUUGAGGCUUACCUGAAAUGUCGUUACGUGUCUGCUUCCGAAGCAUGUUGGAAAUUGUUAGGAUAUGAAAUGCAUUAUCGUUCAAUAGCGGUCGAGAGGCUUCCUUUUCAUUUAGAAGGAUGCAACACAGUUUGUUUCGAAAGUGGUGAAAACGUGGAAAGAGUUGCUUCGAGGGAAAAUGCUGCAAAGAUCGAAAGUGGUGAAAACGUGGAAAGAGUUGCUUCGAGGGAAAAUGCUGCAAAGACUAAAUUUACAGAAUGGAUGACUGCAAACGAAUUAUAUCCAGAAGGUCGUCAUCUAACUUAUCCUGAGUAUCCCACUGAGUUCACAUGGCAUCAACAAGACUUAACAUGGAAGCCAAAAAGUGGUAGUAAGUCUGUUGGCCGACUUUAUUACGUCCCUUCUUCAAUGGGACAAAAGUACUAUCUUAGGAUGUUACUGAAUGUCGUACGCGGUGCUCAGAGCUUCAAAGAUAUCCUUACAGUGGACGGUGUGGAGCAUGACUCUUUCAUGUCAGCGUGCAAGGCUUUACAUUUGCAUCCCAAUGGAAGUUGGGAAAUCAACUUCGGGAGCUUUUUGUAA